AUGGUUGCAGCCAAUCACAAUAAUGCAGCACUUUCCUGCCCGCCAAUUCAUUGUGACUGUGUUGGCAACACUAACCAGUUUGUGACUUUUAUACAAGUUCUUCCUCUAUCGCAAUGUACCAUAAACAUUGUGACUGUUGGCGACACUGACCAGUUUAUACAAGUUCUUCCUCUAUCAUACUGCACCAUAAACAUUGUGACUGUUGGCGACACUGACCAGUUUAUACAAGUUCUUCCUCUAUCAUACUGUACCAUAAACAUUGUGACUGUUGGCGACACUGACCAGUUUAUACAAGUUCUUCCUCUAUCAUACUGUACCAUAAACAUUGUGACUGUUGGCGACACUGACCAGUUUAUACAAGUUCUUCCUCUAUCAUACUGUACCAUAAACAUUGUGACUGUUGGCGACACUGACCAGUUUAUACAAGUUCUUCCUCUAUCAUACUGUACCAUAAACAUUGUGACUGUUGGCGACACUGACCAGUUUAUACAAGUUCUUCCUCUAUCGUACUGUACCAUAAACAUUGUGACUGUUGGCAACACUGACCAGUUUAUACAAGUUCUUCCUCUAUCAUACUGUACCAUAAACAUUGUGACUGUUGGCGACACUGACCAGUUUAUACAAGUUCUUCCUCUAUCAUACUGUACCAUAAACAUUGUGACUGUUGGCAACACUGACCAGUUUAUACAAGUUCUUCCUCUAUCAUACUGUACCAUAAACAUUGUGACUGUUGGCGACACUGACCAGUUUAUACAAGUUCUUCCUCUAUCAUACUGUACCAUAAACAUUGUGACUGUUGGCGACACUGACCAGUUUAUACAAGUUCUUCCUCUAUCAUACUGCACCAUAAACAUUGUGACUGUUGGCGACACUGACCAGUUUAUACAAGUUCUUCCUCUAUCAUACUGUACCAUAAACAUUGUGACUGUUGGCAACACUGACCAGUUUAUACAAGUUCUUCCUCUAUCAUACUGUACCAUAAACAUUGUGACUGUUGGCAACACUGACCAGUUUAUACAAGUUCUUCCUCUAUCAUACUGUACCAUAAACAUUGUGACUGUUGGCGACACUGACCAGUUUAUACAAGUUCUUCCUCUAUCAUACUGUACCAUAAACAUUGUGACUGUUGGCAACACUGACCAGUUUAUACAAGUUCUUCCUCUAUCAUACUGUACCAUAAACAUUGUGACUGUUGGCAACACUGACCAGUUUAUACAAGUUCUUCCUCUAUCAUACUGCACCAUAAACAUUGUGACUGUUGGCAACACUGACCAGUUUAUACAAGUUCUUCCUCUAUCAUACUGUACCAUAAACAUUAAAUCUGCCAGAGACACACUGUUUCUUGGGGAGGAAGGCCGGUAG